CAUCUGUUGGGCUGUGAAAUAGGAUUGCCGGAGGAAUGCUGCAUCAUCCGAUCCGUUCCGAUUCGGAAAUCGCAGGAUAGCGAGGAGUAGCUUCUGCGACCUCGGGAAGAAGAUCAAAAUCUCAACUUUGGUCUCCGAGACACGACAAAGACCCACCUUGCUUCCAGAUCCGAUCGUGGGUUUUCGGUAGGAGGAGGAUUCGGUCGAAUGUGAGAUCGUCUGAUCGCGGUUUGUCGUAGAAAUUUUCGUGGGAAUCCUGGGACGCUUCUGUGUGUUCUAGGCAGCUGAAGAUUUUCUGCUUGUGGGAUCAUUGGCAAUGCUCUGUGCGAAGAUUGCUGCCGUCGUUGCUUGUUCGUCCGGAAGCAGUGACCUCUGGUGUCGUUGAUACUCGGAUUCCGCGCUCGAGAUGGGUCAUUCUUUUGCUGAAGCAGGGGAUGCCCAGAAGAACAACUUUGAUUUAGGAGAAUUUGUGGGAGACUUAAAUAUUGAGGACGAUGCCAGCAGUGAUGAUAUUUCGCUAGAAGGUCUUCAACAAGAACUGGAAGAGUGUAAAGAUGAUGAUGUAGUAGCCAACAUAUUGUCCAAGGGUACAGCACUCCGUGAUUACACAAAAGGGGUGGAAAACAAUCUGCGGCAAGUUGAGUUGGACUCAAUUCAGGACUAUAUAAAAGAGAGUGAUAAUCUUGUCUCUCUUCAUGAUCAAAUUCGGGAAUGUGACAGCAUAUUAUCACAGAUGGAAACUCUACUUAGUGGUUUUCAGACUGAGAUUGGGUCCAUUAGCUCGGAUAUAAAAAUUCUUCAGGAAAAGUCUAUGGAUAUGGGUCUCAAGCUGAAGAAUCGCAAGGUGGCAGAAUCGAAAUUGGCGAAGUUUGUUGAAGAUAUUAUUGUCCCUCCGAGAAUGGUUGACAUAAUUGUUGAUGCAGAGGUCAAUGAUGAGUACCUGAGAACUCUUGAGAUUUUGAGUAAGAAGUUGAAGCACACUGAAGUGGAUCACAUGGCAAAAACAUCUAAAGCCCUCAAAGAUGUUCAGCCUGAGCUUGAAAAGCUGCGCCAGAAAGCUGUUUCAAAGGUUUUUGAUUUCAUUGUUCAGAAGCUUUAUGCAUUGAGAAAGCCCAAGACAAAUAUUCAGAUCCUUCAACAGAGUGUUCUUCUGAAGUACAAGUAUAUUAUUUCCUUCUUGAAGGAACAUGGCAAGGAGAUCUACAUUGAAGUUCGUGGGGCAUAUAUAGAUACGAUGAACAAGGUUUUAAGUGCACAUUUCCGAGCUUAUAUUCAAGCAUUGGAGAAAUUGCAAUUAGACAUAGCAACAUCUAGUGAUUUGAUUGGUGUGGAUACCAGGAGUACAAGUCUAUUUUCUAGAGGAAGAGAGCCCUUGAAGAACCGGUCUGCUGUAUAUGCUCUCGGGGAGAGGAUUAACAUUUUAAAGGAAAUUGAUCAGCCUUCAUUGAUUCCACAUAUAGCUGAAGCCAGCUCACAGAAGUACCCAUAUGAAGUACUCUUCAGGAGUUUACACAAGCUGCUUAUGGACACUGCCACUUCUGAGUAUCUUUUCUGUGAUGACUUCUUUGGAGAAGAAUCUAUCUUUUACGAGACUUUUGCAGGUCCUUUUGCUGUCAUUGAUGAACACUUUGGUACAAUACUUCCCAAUUGUUAUGAUGCUAUUGGUCUAAUGCUUAUGAUACGGAUAACACACCAGCAUCAGCUAAUUAUGUCUCGGCGACGAAUUCCAUGCUUAGAUUCGUACUUAGAUAAGGUCAAUAUCUCUCUCUGGCCACGCUUCAAAAUGGUGUUUGACUUGCAUCUCAACAGCCUUCGCAAUGCUAAUGUGAAGACAUUGUGGGAAGAUGACAUCCAUCCUCAUUAUGUCAUGAGGCGUUACGCAGAAUUUACCUCGUCACUUAUUCACCUUAAUGUUGGAUAUGGAGAUGGGCAGCUAGAAUUGAACUUGGAGCGGCUGAGGAUGGCUGUGGAUGAUUUACUUAUAAAGCUAGCAAAAACGUUUUCAAAACCAAAGCAGCAGAUCGUGUUUCUUAUUAAUAACUAUGACAUGACUAUUGCUGUUCUCAAGGAAGCCAGCCCAGAGGGUGGGAAAAUUCAACUGCACUUUGAGGAAUUGUUGAAGAGCAAUACAUCAUUGUUUGUGGAAGAACUGCUUUUGGAACACUUCAGUGAUCUAAUCAAGUUUGUAAAGAACAGGGCCUCCGAGGACCCCGGUUCCACAUCUGAGCGGCCUAUAACCGUCACUGAAGUUGAGCCAAUUGUGAAGGACUUUGGCAACCGAUGGAAAGCCGCGAUAGAAUUGAUGCACAAAGAUGUGAUUACCUCUUUCAGCAACUUUCUGUGCGGCAUGGAGAUAUUGCGAGCUGCUUUAACUCAGUUGCUGCUCUAUUAUACCAGACUAUCUGAUUGCAUAAAGAAAAUCCAGGGGGGAUCUGCACUCAACAAGGACCUCGUGUCCAUAUCUUCGAUCAUGUAUGAGAUCAGGAAAUACUCUAGGACCUUUUAGGUUCUCUUGAUUAGUGCAGCACAUAAUUUUUUCUCCUGGCCUGUGGAGUGAUGAUAUCACAUGCAAAGAUCUUGAGGCGCUCGUGUAUCGAUUAUGUAUCACAGAGGGUUUUCUGGGAAAGCCUUUGAAAUUCACUGUUUGAUUUUCUCGGGGCUCAUUGUUUUGUUGCCCCUACUCUAUAUAGGCGGCACUUAAUCAUCAGACAUCUUAUGAUAUGACUGCAGCAGUACAUAUGCUCAUGUAAAGAGGCAAUGGUUUUGUGAUGUAGCGACAAUUGUUCUUGAGUAAGUCUCCACUUGUUGAAAUUCAUUUAAGUUCUAACCUUGAUUAAUGACACUUGUAUCGAUUUUCUUAAA